AUGAAAGAAAUGGACGAUUGUGUAAACAACACAGGGGAUAAUUUCUACGGAGUUUACCUUCUAUAUUGUCUAAAUCCUCGAUAUAAGGGACGAACCUACAUUGGAUUUACCGUUGAUCCCAAUCGCCGAAUCAAACAGCAUAAUGGUGGUGUACAGAAAGGAGGUGCCUUUAGGACCAGUGGAAGAGGACCGUGGUACGUUGUAACUUAUAUCAUGAAAAAAAUAAAAACAAUUAUAGGUUUACUGUAUGAAGCUACUCUUAAGCUUCUUUAAACUUUAAACUUCAAUUUUUCGUUAGAGGCUUACGUUAGCGGGAAAUAUAUACUCAGCAUGGUUUAUUUUUGAACUGAUUUCAAUUCCUCUUUGUAUCUCUCCUUGGAAUUUCAAUGACCGGAGCUAGGAGUACAGAUUUUUCUAUAAACGCCUUACUACACAUGUAUUUACUACUUGCAGGGAGAUGAUUUUGAUAGUCCAUGGAUUUCCUAGUGAUAUAAUUGCUCUACAGGUAACAAUUUAAUUUAAAUGUCUUUGCAGAAUGUUGUGGUCCAAUUUUAUCUUGGUUCGAAUUGACCACUCUAGAGAGCUAGAAUACCAUAACGUACCAUUUCAAAGUAGACAGACUGCAAAUUAUAUUAGUUGCUAAAAAAUAUAUAUCUACGUGUCGCAAUGCUCUUUGUUUGUUUUACAUAAGCAUUGUUCUCACAGGCGCGGAUCUAGGGGGAGGGUGCAGGGGGGUGCGCACCCCCCCUCCCUGAGAUGACUUGCGGUUUUCUAAUACAGCUGGUAUUCUGCAAAAAAAAAAAAAGCUAUGUGGUUUAUUGGUGUUGAAGUAGUUGAAGUAGAGCAAGAGACGAGUGCACCCCCUCCUAAAAAAGAUCCUGGAUCCACCCUUGUUUCAGUUUCUCUUGGGGCCAUUUCAACUCCCAAGAGAAACUGAAGACAAUGCUUAUGCAAAAUUUUGGGGUGACAAACAAAGAGCAUUAUGUUUUUUUACUUUCUGGAGUGGUCAAUUUUACCUUCUUACAUUCUGAACUUGACAUAAUCGUACAUUACCAUAACCCCUAAAGUUAAAAUUUGAACCAUGGAUAUCACUGAACCAUAAUACAUAUUGCAGCAAUUUAUUAUUACUUUUUUUCCAGUUUGAAUGGGCAUGGCAAAACCCCACAAAAUCUAGACGUCUCCGUCAUGUUUUCAAUAAAAAGACCAAAGAGUCUUGUGUUGCCUAUCGCUUCAGAGUCCUGUCUGCAAUGCUUAAUGUUGGGCCAUGGAAUCGUCUACCUCUUACAAUAAGAUGGCUGAAACAAGAAUACCAAAUGGAGUUUGAUGUUGAACAGCAACCUCCGACCCACAUGCCUAUAGUAUAUGGACUCCUAAAUAAAAAAAAACCUAAGAAGAGAAACCAAGAGGAAUGUGAGGAGUCAAAAGAUGUUUGUAACUACAAAUGUAUAGAAUGUUCUAAAAGGAUUAAGGUAAAGCCAGUUUUUUUAAAAGCAGCAAUAUUUUUUUGUAUCCUUUGAGGCAGGUGAGAAGCAGUUGGGAAGAGAAAGGAGUUGAGUAUAAUGUGGCUAAAUGAAAUGUUUUCCUUUUUGAUAGCGUACAGAAGUACCUAUGAUUCUUUGUUAUUAAAGUGUUGAUAUGGAUGCAUACUGUUUUUAGUACUGGUUAGGUAUUAUUUAAGGAAACAACUUAUUUAGUGACUGCUUAAUAUAUAUUUACAAAAAAUUAUUCAGUCUAGUGAAUGAAGUUACAUUCAAUAAUGAGUGCAUGUCUUUCACCACCUGACUAUGCUCUCAGAAGAUUGUUAAGAUAGUUGAACCAGUUUCUGUUUUCUUGCAGGAUGCAGAUGAAUGCCUCUCUUGUAUCUCAGGAAGUUGUCCAAUGAAAGGUCAUAUAAUUUGCCUGGCUAAAAGGUUCCUCUUCGAUAGUGGGGAAGGUUCAUUCUUGAUACCAGUAGAAGGAGACUGUCCGUUGUGUUAUUGCACAUUCUUAUGGCGUGAUUGGUUGAAAUAUCAGAAUCAGACAGAAGAGAUGUCCGAUUUAAAUUCAGACAGUCCCCACUGGGCAGAGGCUCUUAGGGGAUAA